AUGACAGAAAAAUCCAUGAAAUACGUCCGCGUGGGCAAGUCCGGCCUGAAGGUCUCCCAGAUCGUCCUCGGCUGCAUGAGCUUCGGCGACAAGAACUGGCAACCAUGGCUCCUCGACAAAGACGAGGCUCUGCCGAUUCUCAAGUACGCUUUCGACCGGGGCAUCAACACUUGGGAUGUCGCCGAUACGUAUUCCAACGGCAGGUCCGAAGAGAUCGUGGGAGCUGCCAUCAAGGAAUACAACAUCCCGCGCUCGAAGCUCGUCGUCAUGUCCAAGUGUUUCCAGUUCGUCGACGAGGACAGGGGCCCUAUUGAUCCUGCGAACCUCACCAGCAACGACGGACCCCGCGUCAACCAGGUCGGGCUGUCUCGAAAACAUAUUCUUGAUGCUGUAGACCGCAGCGUCGAGCGGCUCGGAACUUACGUCGAUGUGCUGCAAAUUCACCGGAUGGACCGCGAUGUUCCCCCGGAGGAAAUCAUGAGAGCGCUCAAUGAUGUUAUUGAAAGUGGAAAGGUCCGAUACAUCGGAGCCAGCUCGAUGGCCGCCUGGGAGUUCCAGAUGCUCCAAAACGUCGCCAAGCAGAACGGCUGGCACCAGUUCAUCUCCAUGCAGGGCAUGUACAACCUGCUCUACCGCGAGGAGGAGAGGGAGAUGAACCCGUACUGCAACGCCACGAGUGUCGGCUUAUUCCCGUGGUCGCCGCUGGCCGCCGGAGUCCUGGCGCACCCAUGGACCGACCGCACCGAUCCGCGAGAGCAGAAGGACCCGUUCUUGCAGCUGCUCUUCCGGGGCUCGGAGAAUGGCGCCGACAGGGCGAUUGUCGGAAGGGCGGAAGACCUCGCGGCUAAGAAGGGUGUCUCGAUGGCUCAGAUUGCCCAGGCGUGGCUGAUUUCCAAGGGAUGCAUGCCUAUUUGCGGUUUGGAGACGAGGGAGAGGAUAGAUCAAGCUGUUGGAGCUCUGGAUCUCGAGUUGAGCGCUGAGGAGGUGAAGUAUCUCGAGGAGAUGUACGUCCCGAAAAUGCCAUUCCCUUUCUAG